GACUCGCGGGGAGCAGCUCCAGCCACACCGGCGAGGCCUUCAGAGCAGAACAGCACCGAGUCGAGCUUUAAAAGACACCGGAGGAGACAUGGACACGUCUGACCCACCGGACCGGCGGCUCGCGCUCAUGGCCGCCGCACUGCCUGCGCGCGCACACGCACCUGAUGACCCCCCACUGAGAAGGUAGCUGGAGUCGUCCUCCGGAGGGAAAACGUACGUAUCAGCGUGAGGAGACUUUGGCUACGAUCCACAGCCCCCUCCUCCCCUCCUCUCCCCUCCGACUGGCACAGAGACGAGUGUGAGAGACCCAGCGAGGGAACGUGGGAAAGAGGAAGACGAUGUACCAGACGCUGCUUCUUUCCUCCUCCCUCUUCAUCCUUCAUGUGAUGGGCACUCCCCAGUUCUUCGCUCACCACGGGAGGAGGGUGUGUGGCCGAGACCUCCGUCACAGCGUUGUCCUGGCAACGGAGUCAUACGUCCAGCCGGUGCACAAGCCCUUCAUCACCCUGUGUCAGGGCCAUCGCUUCUGCAGCACAUACAAGACCACAUACAUGGUGGCGUACCGGCAGGUGAGCAGAGCAGCGUCGCCUUCACAGUUCUAUGCAGAGUGCUGCCCGGGCUGGCGGAGAUUUCACUCUCACAACUGCAACCAAGCUGUGUGUGGACAACCCUGUCUGAACGGAGGAACCUGCUUAAGACCCAACCAGUGUGCUUGUCGUCUCGGCUGGACGGGACGCCAGUGCCAAACAGAUGUCGAUGAGUGCGGCGAGCAGCAUCCAUGCAGCCAGCAGUGCGUGAACACAGCUGGCAGCUAUCGAUGUGCAUGCAGAGACGGCUUCAGGCUCGCUGAAGACGGCCGCUCCUGUCAAAGCCUUCCUCCUCCUCCUUCUCUUCCUGCCACUCCUCCUGCUCCCUCGCAGACCAGCCAGGCAGCAGUGGGUGGUCACACUGAUGCGGGUGGAAGGUUUGGCCUGGCGGAGAACGUGACAGAGGAGGUACAGAGCCUGAGGAACAGAGUGGAGCUCCUGGAAAAGAAGUUGCAGUUGGUCUUGGAACCCUUCAGCAGCUUCUUCCCGCUGUCGCUGGACGAAGGCUUGUCAGAGAAAACCACCUUACUAUCCCACUCCUUCCAGCAGCUCGACCGCAUCGACUCCCUCAGCGAGCAGAUUGGCUUUUUGGAGGAGCGCCUCGGCACAUGUUCUUGUCAGGAGAAUUAAGCGCUGAACACGGCAGUCAUUAUUUCAAGAUGCCUCCCAUCAAGCUAAUAAUGACACCGACCUGACAGACUUGUACGUGCCAGACGGCCGGCGGUGUUUGUCGGAGCGGCCGGCAGAAGGCAGCCUCAGUCCUCAACAAUGCUGUGACGCAAUCGCCGCACAAAUCAUGUGUGAUUUUCACUACUCCCGACAGGUUCAUUUGCUUUUCGCGUUGAAUCGCUGUCAAAUUCCUUGAUUUUGUAACAGUACCUGCAGCGAGGCGAGUUUCACCAUGACAUCAGCCCCGCAACAAUCUAAACCAAAACCUCCUUGAGGGUCAAAGGUCAAACUAGCCACUUAAAGUUUCUGUGUUUGUUUUACAUCAGUGCAGCUGUGUCCUCUAUCAGAGCCCCAACCCGUUCCAGGGCAGAUGUGGACAUCUGUAUUUAUCUAUUUAAAUUAUGAUCAUCUUGUAGUUAUUUCUCAGUGCUCCAAUCAACAUUUUUACCUAGUUUUGUAACUUUUGUAAUAAAAAGUCUUCAUCAGAAA